AUGACGUCACAUGGGUGCGCUGUGAUUGGGUGUUGUGAGCGGAAGUGUCGGUUUGAACUCAGACACGGCGGUUUGUGCAAAAAAGAGAAGAGGAGUACAACUUUAGAAAUGGCGUCUCAGAACAUGGAUCCUGCAGCGUCCACAGCUCGCAAAGGAAACGAGAGAGGGAACAGCGCCACCAAGGGAUCAGUGACCAAACGGCUGCAGCAGGAGCUCAUGACAUUGAUGAUGAGUGGCGACAAAGGCAUCAGCGCCUUCCCAGAGUCGGAGAACCUCUUCAAAUGGGUCGGAACCAUUGACGGCGCUCCAGGCACAGAUGCACUGGUGGAGCAGCCCAUGGCCAGCACCGCCUGCACUAAGGUCUACGAGGGCCUGCGGUUUCGAGUCUCCCUGGACUUCCCAGACGGGUACCCGUUCCACCCGCCGCAGGUGAAGUUCGUGACCCCAUGUUUCCACCCAAACGUGGACGAGCAGGGCUUCAUCUGUCUGGACAUUCUUAAGGAUAAGUGGUCCGCACUGUACGACGUCAGGACCAUCUUGCUGUCUUUGCAAAGCUUGUUGGGAGAGCCAAAUAACGAGUCUCCUCUGAACACAAAGGCAGCAGAUCUGUGGAGUAACCAGGAAGCCUUCAAGACCCACCUUCUGUCCACGCUCCAGAAAUAA